UCUUGUGAUUCGUCUCAUUUGCAAGGUUUAUUAUAAGCUAACUUCAGCCUUCAGGUGAGUGUAUGUUUUGAUUUAUUUCUUCAUACUAUAAACUCAUGGGUCUUUUAAGAUUAUGUAAUCACAGUGUUAGAUUUUCUAGUGUUUUGAGGUUCCCAUAUUAUCCUAGUACACUAACAUCACUUCAAAGGGUCACUAGUUUAGCCAGUGCCAAGAUCUGUGAUGGUCCUGAAAACUUAUUGUCGGGUUUCGAAUUAGAUCAGAAAUUUUGCAACGCAUUGAGACAUUUUGUUGGAACAAAGCAAUACUCUGUUCAUAGAUUGUUGGGGUCAGGUUUUGACCAAGAACUACGCAAACCAUCGAGACAUUUUGUUGGAACAAGGUAUUACUCUGUUUCCAAGAUUCAGAAAUAUGUGUAUAGACCCCUAGUGAAGUGUUUGAGUUAUGUCACUUUUUUCAUUGGGAAGUUUGAAAUCACACCUUAUACAAAUAUAACUCUUUAUGUGUUCCCUUUUUUUGAUAAAAUCUAUGGAGAGAUAUUAUUUUCGAGUUUAAAACAAGAUUGUGGAAGGGGGUUGAGACUGCCUCUGACUGACCCCCGGUGUAUUCGAGUUGAAUCAAUUGCCACAAAGAUUCUUGAAGCAUUACAGAGGGAGACGGGUAGGCGUCACGUGUUGGCAGAUCAACAAUGGAUUAAAGAUGAUGUUGAUGGGAAGGUUAAACUGGUGAAGAGAAGUGCAAGAACUGAGGAGUCGACAAAUGUGCAUUUGAAGGAGGGAAUAAAUUGGGAAGUUUUUGUGAUCGAUCAACCUAUAAUUCAAGCAGGUGUUACAGGUAGCGCGGCAAAUAUGGGGAAGAUUGUUUUGUUUACGGGCUUGUUUGAUGUUUAUAAGAGUGAUGAGGAGCUAGCAAUCAUUAUUGCACAUGAGGUUGGGCAUGUUAUUUCUCGACAUAUACAAAGACGUUUUCUUUGGCUUCCAUUUAAGAAGAUUUAUCACCGUGUGAUAAAUGGCUAUGAUUCUGGGAUGCAUUAUCAUUUGAGGUAUGAACAUGAAGCAGAUUACAUUGCAAUGCUAUUAUCUGCAUCUGCUGGAUAUGAUCCUCGAUUUGCGCCUCCUGCAAUUUCAAUCAUGGAAAAAUACUUGACAUUGGAAUUUGUAAAGUAUAAUGAUUUACCUUUUGCUAAACUGGAAUCAGCGGAAAGAUUUGAGUUUAUGACUAAUCCAGAAGUCAUGCAAGAAGCAGUUCGUAUAUAUCAAGAAAAGACAAAAGGACAGUGUGCUGACCAAGAAUAUCUUGCAGAGAAUGGAGGGAUUAGAGCACAUCGUAUUCGUUUCUUGACAUUUUCACAUUACAAAAACAUGGCUCUGUUUAGACUAAGCAGUCACAGUGUUAGAUUUUCUAGUGUUUCGAGGUUUCAAUCUGGUUCAGCACCACUUUACAGGGCUGCUAGUUGUGCUAGUUUCCCCAAUGUCAACACGUCUGCUGGGCCUAAAAUCCCACUCAACCAUUUUGCUGGAACAAGGCAUUACUCUGUUCCCAGAAUUCUAGAUUAUGUGUUCUGGCCUCUCAACAAGUGUUUGAGAUGUGUCACUUACUUUACGGGGAGAUUCGAAACUAUGCCUUUUACAAAUAAAAGGCUAUUUUAUAUUCCUUAUGCUGAAGAUUUGUGGGGAUGGAUGUAUUGUAAUGAGACUUUAAAGAAGUUUAAUGAACGCCAUAUGUUGUAUCCCCAGAGUCACCCGCAGUGUGCUCAAGUCGAAGCAAUUGCUAUAAGGAUCCUCGAGGCGUUACAGAGGGAGAGUGGUAGGCGCCACAAGUUGGCUGAUCGGGAAUGGAUUUUAAAAUUGAAUGGGACGUUAAAGGUUGUUAAGAAAAGGAGAGAACGAAAUGUCAAGUCGACGACUGCUCGUUUGAAGGACGGUAUAGAUUGGGAAUUUUUUGUAGUGGACACUCCUUAUUCUGAUGUUUCAUACAUAUCUGAAGGAAGGAUUUUAGUGUAUAGCGGUUCGUUUGAUGUUUAUAAGACGGAUGAUGAGCUAGCAAUCACAAUUGCAACUGAGGUUGGACAUAUUGUUGCUCGACAUAGAAACAGAGAAGCUCUUGUUUGGGAGCCAUGCCUUCUGUAUCAUCGCCUCAUAACUGGCGAUAACCCCAAAAAAUAUUAUCAAUUGAGCCAUGAGCAUGAAGCAGAUUACAUAGGGAUGUUAUUAUCUGCAUCCGCUGGUUAUGAUCCUCGAGUUGCACCUGUGGCUUUGAAAAAGAUGGAUAGUCGACAUCAGCUAUCUCAUUUCAUGGAGGAAAGGAUAAAGUAUAUGACUCGGCCAGAAGUGAUGCAGAAAGCGGUCGACAUAUAUAAAGAACGAAGGAAGACACGGGCUAUCAAAUAAGAUUUUCUUUUAUAGUUUGAGAACAGGGUCUUAUUUGAUUCGUUUACUUUUCUGCUGCAAACAAAUUCACUACCAUGCCAUCAGAUUCUAUUAUUAUUAACAUAAUGACACUACAGUGGUGAUUUUGG